AGAGUAAGUAGACAAUUUCUGUCCGAUACACCGACUUAAAAACACACUUUAGUCUUGGGUUAGGCAGCCAGCUCAAUCCCUCAAAAAUCCCAUUGCUUGCUCUAAUCCAAUCAAACAGUCCAACCCAUUUAUACUCUUUUUGUCUCGUGCAAGUUCCUUCUCUUUCUUCUCCACCUUGAUUCUUCUCCUCCUUUUCAUGUGCUUGUUGGACGGAUUAUUUUGUUUGUUUUCUGAGAAAAUGUGGAGAACUGGAAAGGAAUUAUGAUUUUCAGCUUUUCAAUUAAGUUUCAGCAACCAAACGGAAUGAUUGGAUUCCAUCUGAAGUAGUUUGAAGAAUAUUAUCAUCUUGUUUGUCGCUGUGAACAAAUGUAGCAGCUAGUAGGGAUUGCUAUCAGCAUACGUGCACAUGCACGCAGAAACAGAUAGACUUCACUCAUAUCUUCGUUUGGGUUCAUGCGUUCUAUGCAUUGAUCACUUGAUUUGAUGCUAUUGAAGAUGGAACUGGUUUUUUCAGCUUUACUACUGGCUUGCUUACAUCAUCUUGUGUUGUCUAAUUUGCAAGGAGAUGCACUAUAUCAAUUGAAGCUUUCAUUGGGUGCUCCAGCCAAUCAGUUGAUAGAUUGGAAUCCAAGUCAUGUUGACCCAUGCACUUGGUCAAAUGUCAUCUGUGACAAUAAUGAUCAAGUCACUUCUGUAACAUUGUCUGGCAUGAACUGUUCUGGAACCUUGUCCUCCAAAAUAGGAAUUCUGAAUACUCUUACUACACUAACAUUGAAGGGAAAUGGCAUAACUGGUGAGAUACCCAAAGAGUUUGGAAAUUUGUCGAGUUUAUCCAGCUUAGAUUUGGGAAAUAAUCGUUUAAGUGGUGAGAUACCAUCUUCCCUUGGCGAUCUUAAAAGGCUUCAAUUUUUGACUUUGAGUCAAAACAACCUCACUGGAGCUAUCCCUGAAUCACUUUCUCGUCUCCAAAAUUUGAUUAAUAUUCUACUUGAUUCAAAUCACCUCAGUGGUCAUAUUCCUGAGCAUCUGUUCCAAAUUCCAAAAUACAAUUUCACUGGAAAUCGUUUAAAUUGUGGUGCAAAAUUUCCACAACCCUGUGAAUCUGAUAAUAGUGAUUCAGGUGCUUCAAAUAAGCCAAAGAUUGGUAUUAUAGUUGGAAUCGUUGGAGGGACUAUAAUUCUUCUUCUUUUUGUUGGCUUACUGUUUUUUGUUUGCAAGAGUAGACACAAAGGUUACAAACACGAUAUGUUUGUGGAUGUUGAAGGUGAAGUUGACCAACGAAUUGCUUUUGGUCAAUUGAAAAGAUUUGCAUAUCGGGAAUUACAGCUGGCAACAGACAACUUCAAUGAGAAAAAUAUUCUUGGACAAGGAGGGUUUGGAAAAGUUUAUAAAGGAGUACUUCAAGAUAACACAAAAGUUGCUGUUAAACGAUUAACUGAUUUUGAAAGUCCAGGAGGAGAUGCAGCUUUCCAACGUGAAGUGGAGAUGAUAAGUGUAGCUGUUCACAGGAAUCUACUACGGCUGAUAGGGUUUUGCACUACACCAUCAGAACGGCUUUUGGUGUAUCCAUUUAUGCCAAAUUUAAGUGUGGCUUAUCGUCUAAGAGAACGCAAACCUGAGGAGCCCGUUUUAGAUUGGGCCACAAGAAAAAGAGUGGCAUUAGGUGCAGCACGAGGACUGGAAUACCUUCAUGAACAUUGCAAUCCUAAAAUUAUUCAUCGGGAUGUGAAGGCUGCUAAUGUACUAUUAGAUGAAGAUUUUGAAGCAGUUGUUGGUGACUUUGGCCUGGCAAAGUUGGUGGAUGUGAAAAAGACUAAUGUGACAACUCAAGUUCGUGGGACCAUGGGCCACAUUGCUCCUGAGUACUUAUCUACUGGGAAGUCAUCUGAAAGGACAGAUGUUUUUGGUUAUGGGAUUAUGCUUCUAGAGCUUGUAACAGGUCAACGAGCAAUUGACUUUUCACGGCUGGAAGAGGAGGAUGAUGUCUUAUUGCUUGACCAUGUCAAGAAGCUUGAGAGGGAGAAAAGACUGGAUGAUAUCGUAGAUUGCAACCUUAAUGAACAUUACAAUAUCCAGGAAGUGGAAAUGAUGAUCCAAGUUGCAUUACUUUGUACCCAAGCAUCACCGGAAGACCGUCCAGCAAUGUCAGAGGUUGUACGGAUGCUGGAAGGAGAGGGUCUGGCCGAGAGAUGGGAAGAAUGGCAGCAUGUUGAGGAUACACGCAGGCAAGAAUAUGAAAGAUUGCAGAGAAGAUUUGAGUGGGGAGAUGAUUCAUCAUAUAACCAGCUUGCUAUUGAGCUAUCUGGUGGGAGAUGAGCUUAUCAGAGUUAAAAAUUCCUUCUUUUGGAUUAGCUUUGUGUUUUCCUUAACUGUAGCUAAUAUGUAUUAAAAAAAAAAAAAAAAAAAAAAAAAAAAAAAGAUGCUGCAUAAUUUUACAAGAGUGAUUGCUCUUCUGAGAUUUUCUCUUUCGUCCUUUGUUUCAUUUCAUAUUCGCUCUUUUUUUUUUUUUCUCACAUUUUGUAUAAGAUUUUCUUGAUUUGUUCAUAUGGAAGAUAUUUACUAGUUUUCUUCGAA